CGCAGGAGGUCAUGCUGCAGGGUCUGCUGCUGACACUGUGCCCGGAAUAACUAGAGAGCGACCCGGGCCCCAGCCGCAGACACUGCAGACCACACAGUACUCACUGGGAAUCAUCAUCCUGGAAGCCGGAGAGUAAAGUUGAUAGGUAAUAGUUUCCCAUCAGCCCCUGCGCGGCAAGAUGGCGGCGGCCAUACUCACCCGUCCUGUGCCCGCAGCCGGCGUGCUAUGUGUCGGGAAAAGCGGGCUCCGGUGCCUCAGUGUGUCCUCCGGCCGCUGCAAGAGGCAGCAGCUAUCUCACAGGGUGAAGCUGGAAGCACCUCCAAAGGUGAGGAAGGAGCCCAUGGAGAUCCCGGGCCUGGAGCGCAUCACGUACGAGGAUCGCUGCUACCAUGUGCCCUGGCUGGCGCGGCCCCAGCUCCCCAAGUUCAGGGUGGACUGGAACCCGCAGUAUUACCACUCGCCCCCUGCGGAGGAGAUGCCGUUGUACAAGGACGAGACGUCCUACAUCUUCAACCCCAAAUGUCGGCUGCUCGGAGGUGUAAAGCAGGCACUUUGGUUGACAAAGACCAAGUUAAUCGAGGGCUUACCACAGAGGAUACUGAGCAUAUGUGAGGACCCGGCCUAUACGUUGCCAAACCAUGAAGAGCUAGUGCAGAAUAUCAUUUACAAUUCCUGCUUAUGGAGCACGACUGAGGAACAGCGUGAGAGAGAGGAGUACUGUCCGAAGCUGCUGCAGGGAUUACUGCACUUGUGCCGGUUACAGAGCUGCACACACACCGCCCUUUCCCAGAGGAGCUUCCUAGACAAUUGGCGAUUGACAACUUUUUGGCGAAAGGAUUCAACACUUUAUCAUGUGAGAGGUACGAAUGGUUUACUGAUGAGUGCCAAAACCUCGUUAGACCCACUGGCCUCCUCCAGUGAGAUUCAGGCUACAGAACAGCAUACACUGGAAUCCUUGUAUCCACUAUCCCCUGCUAUUGAUUUACAGGAAGUGAAUGUAUAUGAGGAACGGAACCAUUUAGGUUUUAAAGCAGAGUACCCAUUCUCCAACCCGCACACUAUAUAUCUCACGGAACCUUGCAGCACCAGAGCAAAAUUCCUUCCAGACCAGCUAAGGGCCAAAAUGAUCAUGUUUGCCUUUGGUAGUGCUUUGGCUAAAGCGAAGACCCUCUAUGGAGAUGAUGCAAAAGUCUUACCGCAACCAAUCGUGGUGCAAAGUGUUUCAACUGAUGGGCAGCUGUUCCAUUUCAUGGUGCUACAGCUCAAUACUUUGGACUUAGAAUCCAAUGAUGGUGUUAAAAAUAUUGUCUGGAUGGAUGGAGACCAACCCCUGUAUGAUACUGUUGCGCCUAAAGCAAAAAUUAAGAGGAAAGUGGUUUUGGUACCUGCUGGACUUGCUGGUUUCAAGCCAGAAACAUUUGUGAAAUUUUGGGCAAUGUACCUGAAUGGAGCCAUCUGAAUUUAUAGUGAAAUCUGUAUAUACCAUUUAUCGAAUAAACUAGAAUAUUUAUAUAA